AUGCAUCCACACCAUCAUCCCUUUUACGAUUCAUUCUGGUCACCAACAGCAGCACAAGAUCCACUUCCCAACUUUUCAUAUGGAUUGUCAGUGUUGCAUCAGAAGCUCCAGCAGUCGAUUGAAGAGAACACGGUGAUUGCCAACUAUCUGAGACAACGAGCUGCCGUCGAAAGGAGCUAUGCACAACAACUUGCAAGUCUACAAGCGGUUCCCAAACCCGGCAAAGCCUUUGAACGUGAUGUGGGUGCUGGUUUGAAAAAGUGCUUCGAAGUAGUACGCGCCGAGAGCAUCGAAUCAGUUGAGACGCAUAGACGCCGAGGUGAUAAUCUUGUCAGUACAGCACUGGAUCCUCUUGAACGAUUUGGAGCACGCUAUGAAAGGAUUGUCACUCGUACUCGUAAAGAUAUGGAACAAUGCAUUGCACGAUUUGAUCAAAGUGGCAAGGAACUUGAGCAAGCCAAAGCAACGUACAAUGCCAAAUGCCGUGCACUUCAAAUGGUCGAUCCUGAUUUUGUCCCACCCGAUCAACCUACUUGGCUUGGCAGAUGGACUUUUACACAACGCCAAAUCGCUCAUUUAUUGGAUACUAUGGAGGAUGGCAUGAAUGGACAAACGAUAUUGGAUCGUGUCGUUAUCUAUUGUCAGCAACAAGAACCACCUACAACAUUGGAUGAUGAGAUUGAUGAUUGGGAUCCAUCCGUUGCUGGGAUACGAAAAAGCAGCAGCAGCAGCACAGGCCGUCUCUCAUGUGUCCGAUUCACUGAACCAGAAAAGGAUGCAUUACAAAUAUGCGAAGCACUCGUUGCUCAAGGAUUUCUACAAGCACAGAAACCAAGUAGUGGUUUUCGCCUUGAUGUUCAAUACAUUCCACAUUAUCCAACAGGCGCUCUUGGGAAACCAGAUGAUUAUGAUGAUAAUGAACAACGACGAUCCGUUGAGUCAACAUCCAACAGCAGCAGCAGCAUUGGUGGCAUUUUCGGGAGAUGGGGUCGUUCCAAUCAUAGUCAACAACAACAGCGUGAUAUUUUGAUCCAAGAGAUGAAUCAGGCGGAUAGGACUUAUCGUGCUAGCGUGAAACAUGCUGAUCGUUUGCGAAUGCAAACAGAGGAAUCCUUGUGUAAUCACUAUGAAGAAAUGCAAAGUCUGGAACUAGAACGAGUGCAAACUAUCAAGCAAGCUUUCAUCACCAUGGCAGCUACCUUGUCCAAUACCAUACCGCUUUGUGCAGAGCUUUAUGAUCGGAUGAUGCUAUAUCAGGAAACGCUCAAACCCGACAAGGAUGUGGAGUUCAUUGUCGAGCAAUAUCGCACAGGGAGAUUUUGUCCAAGACCUAUCCUUUACAACAAUUUUUAUUAUGGCUCUGCUAUGGAUCAAGUUUUUGGUGUCUCAUUGGAAGAAUAUUCACGUAUGCACAAGGUGGUGAUCCCACCAUUAAUAUCAAAAGGAUUGGCUGCUAUUGAAGCAGGUUUCUCCAAGAUAUACAAAGAAGAGCGAGUCAAGAUGUGGGUAUCCGAACUUCAACUUGAUCAAGCCCAUGAAGCUCGUGAAAGGUUAAAUGAUCCGGCACGAUCAUUGGUGUAUACUGCAGAGCAUCUAGAGCGUUACGACGUGCAAGUUCUUACAUCGGUGAUCCGUUUGUACCUUAUGGAACUACCCGAGUGCCUUAUUACCUUCGAGCUAUAUGACCCUAUCAAGCUGUUAUAUACCAAUCAGCAUUUAGACGAUCCAUCAAAAGUAGCAUCCAUCACAAAGUUGCUGGCGACUUUACCGUCAUCUCAUUAUUACACGUUAAAAGCACUUAUGGCUCAUUUUCAUGGGAUCGAUCAAGUGGCUGAUGACAAUGAGGACAAUGCAAAGUUGGAUGAUGGCCAAGAAGCACCAACGCCCAUGAAUGCAUCCAAGGAUAUUGCCGCUAGUAUCAGUCAUAUCCUGGUGAGACCACAAGUGGAAUCAACACUCAAUUUACACGAUCGACAUCCUUAUCGAUUGGUGCGUGAUUUGAUCAAGCAUUAUGAUACCAUAUUUUCCGAGCAAUCUGUUCAGUCUCAUGAAAAUCACAUCCAUCGUCGUGCUAUUGUCGCUACGUCACCUACAAGCCCUGAUAAUGAGACUUCGCUUGAUGAUGAUAACAACAAUAAUGGCUUUUCAGGAUCGUCAGCAGCAUCAUCAUCUGGAUCAUCCGUACUACUAUCUACACCAACAACAAAUGCCAACUUUGUUCAUGACACUGAUGAACCCCUUAAAUCACCUACAUCACCACGUAGUGGCAGUAAACGCAACUUGCUUUCAUUUAUGCGACGUAGCUCAUCCACCGCUACAUCUUCAAGUUCAUCAGACCGCACGCCAACAACAUCAUCUAUUCCCACAGCUUCAAGUACCCCACGUCGACCUAUUCCAAUGCCAUCCAAAAGUACUCUUUUUGAAGAUCCUGAUGGUGAUGACGAUGAUGAAGAAGAUGACGAAUCAAGGACAACACGACCUUCAUCCAAUGAUGAUCGCACCUCCUUAUCAACAGAGGAUCAGCCAAUGAAAAAUAUGACAUCAGAUAAAGCAUUACCCCCUGUGCCUUCCAAUGAGACACCAUCAACCAAAAAAGACGAACAAGGAGACAAUGUUACCACCACAACAACAACAUUACCCGAUACCACCAACAAAGAGCCCAUAUCCAUGGAGAAGGAAGGAGACAAACCACAACAACAUCAUUCAAGGAUGUCAUCGGUUGGAACAUUCCAAGGAAGUCUUGAUUCUUUCUUCAAAGAUGAUGAUUUGUAG